CAGCGUGAUGUUCUGAUUCCAAUGGAUAUUUUCAGAGGAGUUGUUUUACCUGGACAGUGAGAGAACCUGAAUUUGUCACUAACUACUUUCUUUGACGGGUAUUCAUUUUCUGUGAGAAGAGAAGACUUCAGUCAGCUCUGAGCAUUGGAUGCCUCACAAUUUGCUGCACAAGGCUUAAGGUUAUGUACUCACAUUUUGUUUGACAAAUUCCUUUUACUUUUUUGAGACAGUCCAGGGUUUAUUGUAUUAUGAAAUUUGUGUUCAGCAAUCACAAUGGCAUCACAAUUACAGAAGAUAAAUAUUUUAUUUUUCCUUACACUGCUUUUUACUGUGAUGAACCUGUUUGGCUACAUGUGGAAUAAAAUACCUCAGCACUGCAAUGAAAUUACACCAACCUCUGCUCAUCACAGUAUGCCAAGUAUCAGACCUUUAAAAGAACCCUUGGUGGCUAAGAAGAGACAGCUGGUGUACAUUUUCUCCACCUGGAGGUCUGGCUCUUCCUUUUUUGGGGAGAUCUUCAAUCAGGAUCCAGCAGUAUUUUUCCUUUAUGAGCCCCUGUGGCAUAUUUGGAAGAGGUUGUACCCUGGGGAUGCCCUUUCUCUUCAAGGUGCAUCUAGGGAUAUGCUGAGGUCGCUCUACCAUUGUGAUUUCUCAAUUUUUCAACUUUAUCACGUUCCUGUGGGCAACAACUUCACCACCAAUGACAUUUUUGCAGCAUUUUUCAACAAGGUGAUCUGCUCUUAUCCCAUUUGCUCUGCCUAUAGAAAAGAUGUGGUUAAACAGGUUGACGCGAAGGUUUGCAGUAAAUGCCCUCCUCGAAACUUGAGGUUGCUGGAGAAAGAGUGCCUGAAGUACAACACUAUAGUGGUUAAAGGAGUGCGCAUUUUUGAUCUCAAUGUUUUGGCUCCCUUGUUGGAAGACCCCUCCAUGGAAAUUAAAAUUAUCCACCUGGUGAGAGACCCCAGGGCAGUGACCAAUUCCAGAAUUAGAUCGGUGAGAAUUUUAGAGGGGGAAAAUGUUCAUGUGGCAAAAAGCAGAAAUCCUAAAAGUAAAAGAAUAUCUUUUUUUAACAAUUCUUUAAGAAGGAGCAAAUUUUUUUCACAUGAUUAUCAUUCGGCAGAAACCAUGGAUGUUAUAUGUCAACAAACAGGCAAUACCCUGCUUACAGUUCAGAAAUCACCAGCAUGGCUUAAUGGAAAGUACAUGCUUGUCCGCUAUGAAGACUUCAUAGAAGAUCCAGUUAACAGAUUGAAGGAAAUAUAUAGUUUCAUAAAUAUUCCACUGGUCCAUAGCAUUAAAUUAUUUGCUUUCCAAAUGACCAGAGGUCCAAGUGGCUCUUUCUCACCAUUUGUAGUUUCCUCCAGAAAUUCCACCAUAACAGCAAGUGCUUGGAGGAAAGGGUUAACAUUUCCUCAAAUCAGUCAAGUUCAAGAGUUGUGCUCCUUUUCCAUGAACAUACUGGGAUAUAAGCUGGCUGGUUCUGAAGAAGAGGUCAGCAAGAUUAACAACUCACUGCUGUUACCUCCCAAACUCUGAAAACAUGUCUAGAACUGAUUAGUGGUUGGAAAAGCUACAGGAGUUUUGGGGUUCUUCUUUAUACAGUAACAGUGCAGGAAAUGCAAUUCUCCCUGUGCCUUAUGGUUGACAGGACUAAUUAGAUUCUUUCAAUCUACAGAAAUAAAGGGAGCGGUGAUAAUGAAAGAAAGCUGAACAUGGCCAAUGACAGUAUUUUACCCUUAUGGUCAUUUGAAUUUUACUUUGUUUUGUCAUGUGCCUUGCCGGUGACUUCUGGAAAAAAUAAAAAGACAAGCAAAGCAUGUCUGUCAGACAGGUUUGGGGAAUGCAGCUUUUUUUUUAUUGGACUAAAUCACAUUCUGGAAACUUUAUUGUAAUAUAUAUAUAUGGUAUAUUUAUAUAUAGUAAUAGAUGACAUGGGUUAACUGGCAUUACAGGAGGCCUUUUUAAUGGAAGCAUAUAGGUGGACAGUCAUCCCAACCAGUUUGGUUAGUGAUACCUUUCCCAGUUGGUGGGUAAUUGUAAUGGAUGGACAGAGGGAGACUUCUUCCCAGGGCCAUGUGCUUCCAGUACACUGGACUGAUAACAUUCCCACAUGCUUCCCAUUCAGACACCCGCAGGGCUGCAUGGGCAUUGCAGUUGGGGUCCUUGGGUGCUGCCAGGGGGAGCUGCUGGAGGCAGGCUCUCUUGUCAUGGGGCGGUUCCACCUGGCCCAGAAGUGCUUCCUAGAAGCAAUGUAAUGGCACUGGAAGUACUCCCAGGUGCGGUAUAAAAGAAGUCGCUGUGCUUCACCUGGGAGUCAGAGUCAGAAGAACAGUUGGAUGAAGAUCACCUGGGAAGAGUGGAGAAAGGAAGAAUUGUAUUGCUGGAGUUGUGGAGUGCGUGUACAAGUAUUUGUGAUAAUAAAUUCAUUUAUUUGCACCUUGUACUGUGUCUGUAAAGUUGUGUCAAAAGUUUGGGGCUGUGAGACGCCCUGUGGAGUCUGUGAUACAUAUAUGAUUAUAUAUAAAUAUAUAUAGUAUAUGGUAUACAGUGUCUGAAUUGUUAAAUAAAAACAGAAAUAAUCUGAGAUAUAUCAUCUUACUAAUGUAUCACAAUUCAACCAGCAGAGCUGAAAUGCACAACAGGAUGAAGGAUUACACAAGGACAUUUGAAAAUAUCAUAGUAACUGAAAGAGUAGCACAUGUGCAACCAUUAUGUUGUCACCUUGUCUUUAUG